UGGCGUCUCCAUCCACUGAGCGGAUGUUGUUUAUGAUCGACAUUUUCCUUUGGAAAUUGUGAACUGGAUGUAAAUUUAGCUAAAUUUCGUUUAUUUACCCCAUACAAAGUUAUUAUUACAGUUAAAAUUUAGUGAAUUACUUAUACGUUGAUGUCAGUCGUGUAUGAAAUGUGCACAUAAAUGUGAACAUGUUCUUGUAAAUGACGAAAGUUUUUUCUGGUCCAAUAUAGCGGGAAAUCUCCGUCGUGACGCGAACAAUUGUUCGUAUUUCAUCUUGAGGGCUAAUAUAUAUUCGUAGCCUUCUUGUUAUGUGUUCAUGUACACUUUGACAGUGGUAUCGUGACAUACUUUGUAUAAUUUGACAAUGUCGGAAGAAAUGGCGAUUGGUGAUAACGCUACAAGCGACGAAGUCAAGUUGAACGGCGAUGAGGCGUCGGCUGCGAGUACGGUGGACUCUGACGCAGUUACACCGGCCAUCACGGAACCCAAGGCUGAGCCUGCAACACCUCCAAUAGAGGAAUCGCCAGCCGCAGAAGUAACACCAGAAGAGGUUAAAGAAGAAAAACCUGAUGGUGGCGCUAUGGCCCAACCGGAACCAACUUCUGAGACGCUUGCCGCAGGAGAUGACCAUGACGAAGGAGAAGAGAAGAGAGGCAUCAAACGGAGGGCCUCGACAGCAUUCAGCGAUGAAGGUUCAGAAGACUUUAAAGGCUUCGAGACUGUGAACAAGAAUGAGUUUGAAGCGUCUUAUAGCGAAGUGUACAGUCGGAUUGUUGGCCGCCUGGAAGCGGAAGUGUCAGCGGCCGUAAAGGAUCACACGCCCCUCCGUUCCGUCAUGGCCACGCCCUCCGCCCCGCCGCGAGCCAGCAAACGCCCGCGACAGGACACCGAUGGAUCGAGGCCCUCGUCAGCCUUAUCAUCAAGGUCUGAUGGUGAUGGAGUCAUCUCUUCUGAUGCGGCAAGCGCGGCGUCCCCCGGGCAGCGCGGGCGGCGCGCCACCGCGGACGUGGGGUCGCCGCUGCUGCGCGCGCCGCUGCAGCGCGGCUGGCGGCGCGAGCUGGUGUACCGCGCCGCGCUCGACGCGCACUCGCGCCGCAACGCCGACAUCUACUACUACACGCCCGCCGGCAAGAAGCUGCGCUCCACCAGGGAGGUAGCUGAACAUUUAUCCGGCACCGGGCUGACACUGGAAAACUUUUCGUUCUUCAAAGAACCUUUAGGAAUGGAUGAUCCUGAAAAGGAGAUUAUACGAGACGCGAAGCUGAUGCGGCGCGUGGAGUCGCCGGUGUCGGCGGCGCCGCUGGAGGGCAAGCGCGCGCCCAAGCCCAAGGCGCCCAAGGGCAGCAGCCCCGACCCGCCCGCCGGCAAGUCGCCGCCCGCCAAGAUCAGGGUGAAGUCAGUAGGCUCCAGGCUAAGCACCAGCUCUCCAUCACCAGCAACAAACACCAACAACAAACAACAGAAGAAGCCGGCAGCCGCGGACAACAACAACUCGGCCGCAUGGAAGAAACCCAGCGAUGACAAGAAGCGAGGUAGAGUUGCGAACGGCGCAGCUUCCCCGCCAGCCUUGCUGACGUCGCCGAGGAGGCGGGGCAGACCGAAGAUAGACGACACUGAUCAUUUCACAGCGUUCUAUAACACGGCGCAGGAGAGGAAUUAUAACGUUGUUGUACAGAUAUUCCAGUACCUGGGCAUGCGCGACCUGGCUCACUCGGCUCGCGUGUGCAAGCUGUGGCGACAGCUGGCCGCCACGCCGGCGCUGUGGAGGCACGUCAGGAUGAAAAACUCACAUGUGAGCGACUGGGGCGGUCUGUGCGCAGCUCUGAAGAGACACGGAACCAAGAGGCUCGACCUCCGCAAGAUGUUGUUACCGCAAAACGACACCACGUUUUGGGACCAAUUCACCCGUCACAUAGGACAAGUGGACUCUUUGGAGAGGAUAGAAAUGUGCCGAUGCCCCGCUCGCGUAGUAGAAGCAGUCUGCACUUGCCUGCCUUCGCUCCGAUCACUGUCAGCUCUGGCCAUCAAAGACGGGAAACUGGACCCUGAGCCACUUUCCAGACUCACACUUCUGCACGAGCUCAGGCUGAAGAGCAUGGCGGGGCUGACUCUGACCAGGGACCUGAGGCCGCUGGCCCAGCUGAAGGCGUUGCAGCAUCUCUCGCUCACUUCCAUCAAGGACCUGGGCUGGUGCCUGUGCGACGUGGUGGGCCAGCUGCCGCAGCUGGAGUCGCUGGAGCUGGGCGAGUGCACGUUCCGCGCGGAGUUCGCGGCGGCGCUGCGCGCGCUGCGGGCGCUGCGGCGGCUGCGGCUGGAGCGCGGGCCCGCGCACUGCGCCGCGCACCUGCUGCUGCGCGAGCUGGCGCGCCUGCCGCGGCUCACCAGCCUCGAGCUCGUCAACAUCGACGUCAAGGUCGGCUUCGACGACGCGCUCGCGGAAUGCAAAAACAUCCAACGGUUACUCAUCAUACCCACGUACGUCUCGCAAUCAGCCACCACCAAUAAACAGGUGCUGAGCGGCGUGCUGAGACUGAAAGAAACACUGACGCACCUGAUGUGGGGCGUGACCAUCGAGCUGCUGCGCGUCACGGAGCUGUUCAUCGACCAGUGCGAGCAGGGCGGCGACAAGCGGCGCGACGUCGGCGAGUGCAUCCCCGUGCUCAAGCCCGUGCCCGGCUGCCGGCUGCCGGACGAGCACCACACGGUCGCCGGCCCGCCGCAGGUGGAGAUCCUGCCGCUGCCGACGCUGCAGCGCCUGCUGUCGGCGCAGCUGCCGCACACGAAGCUCAAACUCCUGCGCAUCCCGUUCCACGCCACCUGGCGGCAGUCGCUGGCCGACUUCCAGUAGCACACGCCCGCCGCCGCCGUUAUGUGGUUCAUCCUUCGAGCAUCGUUUCUUCAUCUCUCACAGCUGCUUUUAUCGGAAAUGACGUCUAAAAACGGAGGGAAAGUACUAUGACGUCAUCUUUUCGCGCCAAUCGCAUAGUGGUACCAUAGAUAUUUUUAUUUUUUUUUAUAGUGUUUUAAGGCAAAAGGAAAUAGAAUCAAUACAGCCAAAUACCAUAGACAAUUUUAGUCCACCGGCGUGGAAUAAGAUUAUCUAUGGCGUUAGUCCCGGUUUCAUCCUCACCUGUGUGGAAGAGCACGAGGUGUGUACAUUUUGACCAUGAUUCAGGUUUAUUUAUUUAAAAAAAAUUAAUUUAAAGCAAUGACUAAGUAUGAAAAGUGUGAACGAGUGGUUGAGGUAUCUGGCAAGCGAGAGGUAUUAUCAUAUUCUGUCAAGACAAGAUUAUUAAAGAUAAAUAGCUAUUGCCCGCGACUUCGUUUGCCGUAAAACUUUACUGAAAAAGCUGACAGCUGUAUUGCUCCUUAGAGGGGUGGGGGAGGUAUCUUUGUAUACCAGUUUUUAUGGUGGACCAAGCCUAAUCUACCUGCAAAACCUGCAUUCAAAUUUGAGAAACAGUUUUCGCAUUUUUACAGUGCAAACAUACAGACAGACAGAUAAAUUAUAAAAAGAAGAACUUCUAUAAUUCAUAUUUAUGGCUUCAGUUGGUCUAAUAUAAAUCCCCAUAUCGAUUUUUUGGCAAUAUGUUUCAAGAACAGACAUCGGUCAGAUACUAUUUUAUUAUAUGUAUGGAUAAUCUGAUUUUUAUAUCAAGACGGUAUACAUAAACUUACCGAGAUCAUUUUCCAAAUUGUGAGUUCGUCUCUAUCGCUUAAUCACGUCAAUUUUCUCCAAACUAUGGCAUUGAUUAUACUAUCAAAAUCCCGGUGGAAGCCAUAGAAUAGAAAAGAAAAAAAACAUGUACUCAAAGCAGAAAAAAAUCAUAAUUUCCGAAAUACGAAUAAAAUUGUCAGGGAUUAAUUUCUAAUUUUUAAAACUUUAGAAGCACAAGACGAUAUCAGCAAUUUUAGAUUUCUAGAUUUUGGCAAAAGGCUUUUUUUAUUUAUACACUACAAUUUAAAAUUAAAAACAUAAAAUUAUGAAGAAAAUAUCUAUUAUUUUCUUGAUAAUUUUAUGUUAAACGGCUGUAAUGACUAGCUAUCAAAUGCAUUUGUUUUGUUAAGAAGUAACAUGUAAACAAAAAUUUGUUGAUUGGAUAAACGGCUAUGUCAACCUAAGUAACCCCUACCCGUGUAGUAAAUUUCAGCUUGUAACCUGGUUUUUCUCACAAUUCCCAAUAUUAUAGAUUCAUAGAAGCUAGCAAUUCUAUAUAUCUAGUGUAAAAAAACUAUAUAGUUCAAAAGUUAUAGCUGUUAAAAUUGGCUUUUCAAAGUUUGAUAAAUACAUAUAUAUUUUUUUUUAUUAAUAAUUCGACAUAAUAAAUGUAUAUACAUAUACGAGUUUUUACUAAUGUUCUUCUGAAUAGUAUGAAAUGGUUUGGUUUAAUCUGAAACCUGGUUUUAAAUUGAAAUUACAUGUAUUCAAAUCAAAAAUUGUGGUUGCACUGUAUUACCAAACCUUAGCUUUCAAAUCUCCGGUCAUAUGUUUAUACAACCACAGAUAUUGUUACCGCUAAAGUUACUUAUUGUCGAAUUUGUAAUAAAAGCCAAUUUUUUUCUUCUUCCAUCAUUGUCAGAUAUUCACAUCUAUAUUUGAUAUGAGAGAAUAUUACCGAUUGAAAAUUUGUCCUUAGAAAAAAUCUUGGGUUAUUUACUUACCGACACUGGUUUUCUGUAUGUUUUUAAAGAUUCAUUGACAUUCAUUUUCCAAUUUUACAUGUUAUCGUCUAUUUGUUAUGCAUUUUUGGUUGGAAGACCAGUCUCAUUAGAUAAUGGAAACAGCCAACUUGAAAAAGAUAACCACUUAGCUACAUUUCAUACGGAAAAAAAAUACUUCAAAAUUUUCCGUAACUUCGUUAAGUUUGAUUGUUAUGUCAUUAUUGCACAGGAAUUUACACAGUUACAAGAGAUAGAAAUUAAAUAAAACAUUUACAAUGGCGGACUUAUCCCAUGUAGGGAUUUCAUUGAAAUUUAUUUUGAUUAAAGUAAUUUUUUCCGCAACAGAAAAUUGUUCUCUGUCAAAUUUUAAACAGGUCCUUGAAGGUCAUAUUUUCUUUCUGAAAGAAUUUGGUUUGGUUUUUCAAGUUGGUCAUAUUUAGCACGGCUUAGAUUCUCGGAUAAAUGAGUAGUUUUACUUUGUUUUUGUGUAUUAAUUUCGUUACGUACGGGACGGUUGAAAUAAUCAUGAAAUAUUACUAGUUUACUUAAUUAGUUUUUGAGUAAAACAUGUAUAAUUUAUAAAUAGAAUAUAUGCUAAGUUUUACUCAAAAACAAUGUUUCCUGAACAUGGAAUAUGAUUUAAUAUUGUGUUAGUUUAAAGAUUUAAUUAAGUAUAUUGUAAAUAUUUUUAAUCGUAACGAUUAGCUAUCAGUGCCUAUACAUUUUUGUUCGGUGGUAUGGAUAUAGGACUGGUAUUUGUUUUUUAAAAUAGAAAUUAUGUUGCAAUGCUUAAAUAACAUAUAUUAUUUUUAAGGCUUGUAUAAAUAGUUCAUUUAACAAGAGAAAUUUUAAACCAGUAAAGAGGGUUUGUUUUCAAUACACUCGCAUUUCUCAAAAUAAUUGACUUUAGAAUAGUAAUUACAAUUAUGUACGUACCCACACCCACAGCGAUAUAAAAAUACGAGAACAAUCGAUGGUUUAUGAUCGCUUUAGAAUUAUUCUGAGUUCAUCUUCUUGCGCUGAAACUAGAGAUUCUACUUGGCUUUGCACGGGCUUUGUAUUUUACUGAAUGAAUUUGGAAAUCUUAUCAAUAUCCGCGUGGUUUAAAGGCAAAAGAAUAUAGAAACAGAAAAACAAGGAAAACUUACUUUUCCAUUUUUGGUCAUGGUAUAAAGAUUGAAAGAAAUUACAACUGAAACAUUCUAAAGCUAGUAUUCUUGAAACGACGAUGCGAGUCCUCUGUACUUGGUUUUAAAUGUCUUGGCUAUUUUAUCGAGAAACGUUUAGUUGACACAAUUGGCUAUGACUGGGGAGCCUGCUCAGCUGUGAUUGGUUUUUAAUAAUCGUGUGAUUUAUUGAUACAAAAAAUAAACAUGGUCACUAUAUCCGAAUGAGUAUUUGGCGGUUGAGUCCAUAAGUAAGACGCAAUCUGACAUUAAUUCGUUUUUUAUUGUUUAACUUUUGCUGCAUUUGCAACAAAAUUGUAAUUUAAAACACUCUGUUUCAUUCUUGGGCAGUAAAUGAAGAUAUAUAUUUUGUUAAUAAAGCUGGAAACAAAUAUUACCAUUUUACUUGUUGUGAAAAAGUCCUUUUUUGUAUCAAUAAGAUAUUGGCAUGUCUAAAUUGUCAAGAACGUGUGAAGUGUGUGAAUAUUGCACAUAUCACAAAUGGACAUGAUCUCUCUAAUAUUAUUUAGAAGAGUAUUAUUUAAAAAAAAUCUUGGUACAAAUACGACUCGACGGUAUUUUAAUGUAUGUGCCUAUUUAAAAUUAAGACGACGUAUAAAUGGCACGUAAGGCUCACAAAAUUUUGUAUUUCGGUAAUUUAUAAAUAUGGUCAAAUCUUAUGUUAGUUUGACCUAUGACUUUGUGAAAAGCAUAGCUUUUAUUAUUUACUGUCUGUUGUUUAUAAUCUCCUUCAAAUUAUUGUAUUUUUAUCGUAGAUUUUAAUUUCGGGAGGAGCCUGAGCGCGGCGUUUUAUUUUUGUGUAAAAAUUAUGAUAAAAAUUGUGGAUGCGCGUGCGCGCCCAGACGUUUUCCCCUAGGAUAAUUGUAGAUUAAUAACAAAUAUGUCGGUAGGCGACUUGUAAUAAAUGGUUGCCAGAAA